UGGGAAGCCGGGAGCCGAAACUGGACGGGUGGGGUGGGGCCUGGCUGGGGUGCAGUGAGCUGAUUCUGCCCCGGACAGAUGCGCGGAGCCGGCUAGGGUACUGGCUGAACGGGCAGGGCCAGAUUCUAGGGAGAAGGAGGGGAGGAAAUGCAGGGUUCGGAGUCGAGAUCCGAGAGCCUCUCCAGACCCCGCCACCCAGAUACAAGGCCUCUCGCGACGCGGGGGUGAACCUCGCCCUCUUCCUCUGGAAGCUGCUGGCCGUGCAUCUGGGCUUCAUUAUCGCCUUCGAGGGUUCCCUCCUCCUUCACCUCCCCCUCCCUGCCCCACACAAUACCCAGGAGCUUGCCUUGCUGGGUUCUGGGGCCACGCUGACAUGCUGACAUCGCCCCCUGGGGACUCGGCUGCAACCUCAGAGCCCCCAGGGUGUCCCGGAGCCCUGGACCGUGCUGGCAGCUGGACGGAGCUCCCUGGCUGAGGUAAGGCCCCACCUGGGUUCCAGCAGUCCCAUUCUCUUCCCGCCAGUUUUCCCCGCUGAGUGAGCCCUUUGUGCUGCCCGCCUGGUCUCUGAUCCUGGCCCUGACCCACUAUGGCCUUCUGGGGCUCUGUGAACCACUUGGCCUGGAUCCCCUUUCCAGCCAUGACUUCCCACCUGGCUUUAUUCCUUAAAGGGCAGAGAGGCCCUGGCAGGGUACCUGCUCUCCUAGGCAGCAAGGCAAGGGGCACCUGGGAGGGGGCAGGGAAAAGCUAGGUACAGGAGGCCAGAAACGCUUUUUCUGAUCAUGGUGGUGUCCAGGGAAUCUCUGGCAGCCUUGCUAAGUGGGCCCAUCGUCUCCUGUAAUUAGCAGCGCUCACCAAGGGUACUUUCCUCGACCCCUGCCCAUCCUUCUUGGCCCAGAGACAUUUAUGAUGUGACAUGUUUCUUAGAGAGGGCAUUGGGUGGUGGUGCGGUCCCUUAGGAGCCACUUUACAGAUGGGAAUACUGAGGCCAAGGGAUGGGCUAUGAAUUGCCUAAGGCUACACAGCUGGUCAGUGUCAACACUGGGCCUCGAAGCUUGGGCGGGGGUUAUUCUCUUUGGGCUCCAGAGUGGCCUUUGCCUAGUAGACAGUAGAGUCUCUAUCCUGUGAUCGUGCCUUGGGAAGGUAAUGUCCCUGCUGUCUGGGGCCAGUUCUCUUUCUGAGGUCUUUGUUUUUUCUAACAGAGAUGAGCUACACACAAUAUGAACACAGCUUGUCCCUCUUAGCUCCCCAGCAUUGAGGUUGGGUGGGCCAAACCCCUGGAGGGCCACAGGGCUGGCAUCCCAGCUAGAUGGGUCAUUCUUAUUACCCCUUGGCUUGAGCAUAGGUGGAGGCUGACACACUCCUGACUUCCCCGCUAGGGACCUGUCUCCAGCUUCAUCUCCCCAGGAAGCCUUCUAUGUCCCCUCUCCCCACAUUCACCUAGCCUUCUCCUCUGCGGCCUUAACUGGGGAUGCUCCUGCUGCAAAGCCUCCAUGUUUUGCCUACUUAUCCCUGUGAACCAUGGGAGAGAGGGUCCCUCCCUGCCCGCCAGGGGCUUCCAGAACCCAAGUGCUAGAAUCUCCCAGCAUACAAGGGGGCAGGGGGCAUGUGUACAUGCCUGCACAUGUGUGCCCCCAGAAGCAAGCGGGACUUCUGUGUCGAGGACUCCUGACUCCUGCAGAGAAAGAGACCUGUCUGUGGGCAGGGGCCUCCUUCCACACACUCCUGCAAUAUAAUGUGUGUCUCAGCCUCGCUCCUUCAUCUUCCCCAUCGGUGUGAAGGCCUGAGCUGCCUUCUGUCUAGAGAAAGACUGAUGAUAAUAAAAUACUAUCCUAUCUGCCAGAUGAGGAGACUGAGGCUUAGGGAGACUUGCUCAGAUGGGCACUCCUCAGGCUACAGGGACAGAGGCUGAUGGUACAAGCCAGAGUGGCCACCGUAGAGAGGGCCCCUUUGGAGCAGCCAGUCCCCUUCUUCCCAUCCUCCCAGGCAGCGGGGUGAAGGGAGCAGAGGGAAGCAGUUGAGAAGCUGUGCAGAGAGACUGGGGCCUGCCAUAGACCCAGCCAUCUCUCACUGGGUCCUCUUCUGCCUCCCUGUCUCCAAUAGUGACUGACACUGUCACUGUUCAGGCCAAGGCUUUCCCUCUAAGUGCACUAGGUAUUUCAGCCAUGGAGCAGUUACCUAUUACCUCCUCCAGGAAGUCUUCCUGGAAUACCCAGGUUGAGUUGAGCCCAGCACCCUCCUCUGAUGGUUCCUCUGGCUUGGCUCUUGCCAACCUGGAUUGUAACUGUUUUCAUUUUUGGCUCUCCCACUAGACUGGCAGCCCACGGGCAUGAAAUGUUUGUCCAUCUGUCUCCCUGGAUUUUCUGGGCUUCAUCUACGUCUCUGAGGAUCUGGAUGGCCUGAAAUUGUCAGUGUCUCUGUCUCCAUCUCUGGGUCCCUGGAUGUCUCAGCAUCUGUGGUUUUUCUGUUUUUGAAUGUCUUGGGGUCUUGGUUUCUGAGUUACUGGCUAAGUGGUCUCUGUUUCUCUAGGUCUCUCUCAGUCUUCAUUUCCUGGCUCUCCUGGUCCUGCUAGGCUGGGCACUGCCCCUUUGGCCUGACGGGGCCUCUGGGGGGUCCUGGCUGCCCAGCCUGCCCACAGCGAGGCCAGGCUAGGGUAUGCCCCCGCCCAGCCCGCUGCCUGCUCCCUCCCUCCCUCCGUGCUUGCCUCACCACAGGGUUUGAUGAAUCAAACUCUUUGUCUGGGUGGGAUCUCCCCCAGCCAGCUGGGCAGAGAGAGGGCUUCCCCCGCCGGAACAGCCAAACAGCAUCAGCAGUGGGCCUGGGCCCAGAGAGGUGAGGGGCUGCCGGAGGGAGGCUGGCAGAGGGCCACGGGGCAAGAGCUGCAGGGGCUUGGGCCUCUCAGAUCAUCAGGCCUGCCCCGAUCGGAGGGCUGGCUCCCUGGGGAUAACUUCCUGCCCAGAAAGGACCCAUCCAGCCUGGCCCACCCUGGGGCUGGAAGCUGGAGUGGGGAACAGCCCCUCUUUCGCUCCAAGCCGGGGGUGCUGGGGCACCUCCCUGAACUUCGGGAGGGCCCCUGCCUGAUCUGGGUAGUGGCCUGCCUGCCAGUCCAUGACCCUCCCAAUCAACUUGGCAUGGGUGUGGGCACCACUCAGCGCUGAAGGCCGCAACUCUGGGCAAGGGUCGGGGGAUGGGGGGAGAAACAUCAAAGCAAGGCCCCGUGGGCUGCUGUGUGUCUGCAUCCUGGGGUGUGCAUGCGAAGGGAACAGGACGGUGAGAAAUCUUGGGUGCCUAUGUAAAUAUCGGACGGGUCAGCGUGUUUGUGAGGAGUUGUCUGUGAAUGUAUGUGGUUGUGUAAAAAUGUGUGUGUCUGUGACUGUGUGAGCCUGAGUUUGAAAUGUCUGUAUCUGUGAAAGUGUACACGUCAUUCUAUACUUGGGAGAAAAUGUAGUGUGGAUGUAUAUGUUGGGACGUGGAUUUGUGUGACAAUGUAUGUAUUUGCAUGUCUGGUGACAUGUCAGUGUGUUUUAGAGAAGUACAAGGUGGUUAAAAUCAUUGAUUUCAAAGCUAGAAUGGCCAGGUUAGAAUCCUGGCUCCACCAUUUACCAAAUAACCUCUCUGUGCCUCACUUUCCUCACCUACAAAAUGCGGAUAAUAAGAGCAUCAACUCACAGGGUUGUUGUGGGGAUUAAAUGAGAUAAUAUGUGUAAAGUACCAUUCAGGCAAUGCCAAGCAAGUAUCAGCUAUUUCUAUAUAAUCAGACAUGUGAGUGUGUUUGUGGAGAUGUGUGCACACAAGUGUACACAGGGGUUUGUCCAGGCCUCCAGGGGUGGUGGCUUACUGGCCAGCCCCACUGUCCUCUGUCUAGGUCUGAUAUCUUCUCUUCUGCAGGGCCAGGUGGGUGGCAGAGCAAAAGAGGAAUGGACUGUGGGCCACCUGCUACCCUCCAGCCCCACCUGACUGGGCCACCUGGCACUGCCCGCAGCCCUGUAGCAGUGUGCCAGCAGGAGAGUCUGUCCUUUGCAGAGCUGCCCGCCCUGAAGCCCCCGAGCCCAGUGUGUCUGGACCUUUUCCCUGUUGCCCCGGAGGAGCUUCGGGCUCCUGGCAGCCGCUGGUCCCUGGGGAUCCCUGCCCCUCUCCAAGGGUUGCUAUGGCCAUCAUCCCCAGGAGGCUCAGAUACAGAGAUCACCAGCGGGGGGAUGCGGCCCAGCAGGGCUGGCAGCUGGCCACACUGUCCUGGUGCCCAGCCCCCAGCUCUGGAGGGACCCUGGAGUCCCCAACACACACAGCCACAGCGCCGGGCCAGCCACGGCUCGGAGAAGAAGUCUGCCUGGCGCAAGAUGCGGGUGUACCAGCGUGAAGAGGUCCCCGGCUGCCCCGAGGCCCACGCUGUCUUCCUAGAGCCUGGCCAGGUAGUGCAAGAGCAGGCCCUGAGCACAGAGGAGCCCAGGGUGGAGCUGCCUGGGUCCACUCGAGUGAGCCUCGAGGGUCCUGAGCGGAGGCGCUUCUCAGCCUCAGAGCUGAUGACCCGGCUGCACUCUUCUCUGCGCCUGGGGCGGAAUUCAGCAGCCCGGGCACCCAUCUCUGGGUCAGGCACCGGAGUAGCCCGGGAAGGGAAAGCAUCUGGGAUAGAGGCUCGAAGUGUGGAGACGAGCGGGGACCUGGUGUCGCGGCCAGCCCCUGGUGACUCACGAGAGGGAUAUGGCGAUUGGUCCGAGCCCAGGCUAGACACACAGGAAGAGCCGCCUUUGGGGUCCAGGAGCACCAACGAGCGGCGCCAGUCUCGAUUCCUCCUUAACUCCGUCCUCUAUCAGGAAUACAGCGACGUGGCCAGCGCCCGCGAACUGCGGCGGCAGCAGCGCGAGGAGGAGGGCCCGGGGGAAGAGGCCGAGGGCGCAGAGGAGGGGCCGGGGCCGCCGCGCGCCAACCUCUCCCCCAGCAGCUCCUUCCGGGCGCAGCGCUCGGCGCGAGGCUCCACCUUCUCGCUGUGGCAGGAUAUCCCCGACGUACGCGGCAGCGGCGUCCUGGCCACGCUGAGCCUGCGGGACUGCAAGCUGCAGGAGGCCAAGUUUGAGCUGAUCACGUCCGAGGCCUCCUACAUCCACAGCCUGUCGGUGGCUGUGGGCCACUUCUUAGGCUCUGCCGAGCUGAGCGAGUGUCUGGGGGCGCAGGACAAGCAGUGGCUGUUUUCCAAACUGCCCGAGGUCAAGAGCACCAGCGAGAGGUUCCUGCAGGACCUGGAGCAGCGGCUGGAGGCAGAUGUGCUGCGCUUCAGCGUGUGCGACGUGGUGUUGGACCACUGCCCGGCCUUCCGCCGAGUCUACCUGCCCUAUGUCACCAACCAGGCCUACCAGGAGCGCACCUACCAGCGCCUGCUCCUGGAGAACCCCAGGUUCCCUGGCAUCCUGGCUCGCCUGGAGGAGUCUCCCGUGUGCCAGCGUCUGCCCCUUACCUCCUUCCUCAUCCUGCCCUUCCAGAGGAUCACCCGCCUCAAGAUGUUGGUGGAGAACAUCCUGAAGCGGACAGCACAGGGCUCUGACGACGAAGACGUGGCCACCAAGGCCUUCAAUGUGCUCAAGGAGCUGGUGCAGGAGUGCAAUGCUAGCGUACAGUCCAUGAAGAGGACAGAGGAACUCAUCCACCUGAGCAAGAAGAUCCACUUUGAGGGCAAGAUUUUCCCGCUGAUCUCUCAGGCCCGCUGGCUGGUUCGGCAUGGGGAGUUGGUAGAGCUGGCACCACUGCCUGCAGCACCCCCUGCCAAGCUGAAGCUGUCCAGCAAGGCAGUCUACCUCCACCUCUUCAAUGACUGCUUGCUGCUGUCUCGGCGGAAGGAGCUAGGGAAGUUUGCUGUUUUCGUCUAUGCCAAGAUGGCUGAGCUGCAGGUGCGGGACCUGAGCCUGAAGCUGCAGGGCAUCCCUGGCCACGUCUUCCUCCUCCAGCUCCUCCAUGGGCAGCACAUGAAGCACCAGUUCCUGCUGAGGGCCCGGACAGAAAGUGAGAAGCAGCGAUGGAUCUCAGCCUUGUGCCCCUCCAGCCCCCAGGAGGACAAGGAGGUCAUCAGUGAGGGGGAAGAUUGCCCCCAGGUUCAAUGUGUUAGGACAUACAAGGCAUUGCACCCAGAUGAGCUGACCUUGGAGAAGACUGACAUCCUGGCAGUGAGGACCUGGACCAGUGACGGCUGGCUGGAAGGGGUCCGCCUGGCAGAUGGUGAGAAGGGGUGGGUGCCCCAGGCCUAUGUGGAGGAGAUCAGCAGCCUCAGCGCCCGCCUCCGAAACCUCCGGGAGAAUAAGCGAGUCACGAGUGCCACCAGCAAACUGGGGGAGGCCCCUGUGUGAUGGGCAGCCAUGGCCUGGGACCCCACCUCCAUGCCUGGCUCCUGGAGGGGCCUGCAGUGUCUCCAUGCCCCAAGCUGCUCCUGCUGGCACUUCGCUUCUGUGGCCUUGGCAUUGAGGGCACAGGCUAGACACAGGAAUGGGGGCACCUCCAGAGGGUCUCUCCGUCCUCAUGCUCCUCAGUGUCCACACUUCAAGGCCAAGGGUAGUUUCUUCCUCCGACAUGGGGACCAUAACAGGUGAUCACUGAUACCUGGCAAAGACUGGGGCCCUCUCCUUUCUAUGUCCUCAAUCCUGCCUGACUCUUGGUCCUUCUGGCAGGGACCUGGCUGGGGAACGUUCUGGUGCUGAUGGUGCUGGGACCUGUAUGUAUAUUUAUAUAUAUCUGGGGUCUUGUCUACCACCUCCCCUGGUCAGAGCCCGAGUGGGUGCUGGUUGCUCUGUCUUGUCUGUAAAUAAACUCCUAUCAUGCCUUUGCUUGGA